AUGGCGAUGAAAUAUUUGUUACUAGCCAUCAUCAUGAUUAUUGAACUGCAUAAUGGCAUAUCAUUAGCAGUGGAUGGUGGAGAUACGUUUCUUUUAGGCGAUUCGCUCACUGGAAAUCAGACCAUGGCGUCAAAGAAUCGCACGUUUACUUUGGGAUUUUUCAGUCCGGUAGGAACGAAUAAAUGGUAUAUUGGCAUCUGGUAUGCGCCAAUCUCUCAGAAGGCCAUUGUUUGGGUGGCUAACAGAGAAAAUCCUAUCAGAAGCAUGCCCGGUGUUCUUAAAUUUUCGCGCGAUGGAUAUCUUAACUUGUUUGAUGGAAAUGGUCUGUCAGUUUGGUCAACUGACGCUAGCCCGAAAGGGUCCCGUGCUGUGAUAAUGGACUCUGGUAAUUUCAUUCUGCUGGACGCCCACAACCAAACUCAGAUUGCCUGGGAAAGUUUCGCACAUCCGGGAAAUACAUGGUUGCCCAACAUGAAGAUGUGGAAGGGCAUGAAGCUAACAUCCUGGAUGAGUUCUGUGGAUCCUGCAGUUGGGUUAUUCUCUUUGGAAAUGGACAAGUCUCCAGGAAAAAUGGAGAUGAAGUUGGUCUAUAACAAGAGCGUGGUCUAUGGUUCUAGCGGAGAGUGGACUGGCAACCAAUUCGCCAAGAUUCCAGAGAUGUCAGGUGAGAAGAGGUUACAAAUGUCCUUUGUAAGGCUAUCUCCUUCAAGAAUAUACAUUAAUUUUAGCAUAAACCCAAUAGAUCAUACCCUCGCAGGGUGGUACCUGUUAGAUGAGAACGGCGAAUUUCAGCUCCACUUCUGGAUGCAUGACGGUACACGGAGUCUGAGGUGGUCGACAUACCUCGGUCAAUGCAGUGAUUACAAUAUCCGUGGGGCGUAUGGACUGUGCAAUUCGAAUGAUGUGUGUAGUUGUUUACAAGGUUUCACACCCAAGCACGACUCAAGCGGUUGUAGCUGGUGGUCAAACGGAUGUGUUAAGUGA